AUGGCGCUCGAUUGGACAGAGGACGAAUUGCCCUUUCCCUUGACAGACGUCGAUCGAGCUCAGUUGAAGUUGACUGAUGAGGAGUAUGAGCCUCAUACUUGGGAAGAGCUCAGACAGAUUGUUGUGGUCAUCCCUCUGACUGAAUCAGCUGAGCACAACCUAAGCAUACUCAAGAGGUGGCCGUCAGAUCUUAAGAGAUACAUCAGAUGGUCGAUCGACACCAGGGCGGCAUAUGGCAGCGUUCCAAAUUUUGUGAGGAUCGAACGGCUAAAAUGGGAUAUCCUGCCUACAUCUAGUGGAGCUACUGGUCCGCAAUUCGCGUUCAACAAUCCCGUACCUUUCGCGGAUCCCAAUGACUAUAAGAUUCUGAUCAACGACUGGCCAUAUGGGUAUGAAGCCGGCAUCAAACACAUCAUUGUCUGGCUGAAGACGCGGCUAGAAACCGAGCCGACCAGGGGAGACAUGACUCCCAAGUCAAGGCAGCAGGUUGAAAACUUCAUUCAAAAGACGUUCUCGGACCGCGUCAAGAGCUUGCCGGGGGGUGAGGACAAGGUCAUGUGGUUCAAGAACUGGACGGCUUUGCAAUCGGUACCUGGGAUCGAGCACGUUCACGUCUUCGUCAGGUCUGUGCCCGAUCACAUCAUUGACGAGUGGACAUGUUCAGAUAAAUCUAUAAGCAAUUAG